AGUAUACCUAAUCAGCACGUUACUGCCCCGUCACAUUAUGCAUCUUUCGAAUUUGAUCCCCGACACGGUCGGAGGGUACAUCCUUUCAGUUGUUCUAGCAAGCGUCACGUAUCUCACCGUCAUAAUAGUGUACAGGCUCUACUUCCACCCACUCGCAAAGUUUCCUGGACCUACACUCGCUGCCACAAGUAUUCUGUGGUAUGUGUUCCACUGGACAAGUGGUGACUGGCCGUAUGAUCUAGCCAAAGCGCACCGGAAGUACGGAGAUGUUGUUCGCACUGGGCCCAACGAACUUUCGUUCGCGUCAGCGGAGUCUUGGAAAGAUAUCUAUGGUCAUGCACGCAAGGGAAGACCGACGUUCCUCAAGUCAAACUUCUACGACAGCCAAGGGAGACCGCCAAGCAUAGUCUCAGCCCGUGAUCCAAUCGAGCACAGCAUGCAGCGGAAAGCACUCUCAGCAGCAUUUAGUGCGAAGGCUCUCCGCGACCAAGAGCAUGCUGUACACCAGUACGUCGACAUGUUCAUUGCGCAAAUCGGAAAGCUUGGUGGCGGAGCCACCAAGGGUGUCAACAUCCCUGAAGCUUUCAACUGGCUGACCUUUGACAUCAUCGGCGACCUCACGUUCGGCGAGUCGUUCAACGCCGUCAAAGACGGACGCACACACCCUUGGGUCUCGGUGAUCGUCGAAACUCUCUUCUGGGGAAGCAUUAUGGAUCUGCGCAGACGGGUCCCAAUACUGAAUCUCCUUCUUCCGUUCCUCGUCAACGGUGACCUUGCAAAGGGGUACGAGAUGCAUCACCAGCUCACCAAGGAAAAGACCAGGAAGAGAAUCCAGCAGAAGGACACCGUGACUAGGGAAGACUUCUUCAGAUCCAUUCUUUCCAAAGGUGACUGGAGCCAAGGCAAGCUCGAGAGCAACGCUGAGCUGUUGAUUGUUGCUGGGUCGGAGACCACGGCCACAACUCUGUCUGGCAUAGCGUACUUCUUGUCUAAGCAUCCCUACUGCAUGUUGAAGCUACAUGAGGAGCUUACAAGUGCUUUCAGUUCGUAUGACGAGAUAACUGGCGACGCAACAGCCAAACUUCCCUAUCUCCACGCUGUCAUUGAGGAGGGACUUCGAAUGUACCCACCGGUAGCAUUCGGACUCUCUCGAGUGUCCCCAAGCGCGAUGGUCUCUGGUCACUAUGUUCCUGCCGGCACACUUGUCUCAACGCAGAGCUGGUCCUCUAAGCACGACCCCAGGUACUGGCACAGGCCCGACGACUUCCUACCUGAACGCUGGAUUGGAGACGGGUUCGGCGAUCGAAAGGACGCCUUCAACCCGUUUUCGCUGGGUCCGAGAGCUUGCCUCGGUAUCAACUUGGCGUAUCUAGAGUUAAGGAUCAUACUAGCCAAGAUGGUAUGGGCAUACGAGUGGGAGAUGCCUGAGAUGAAGAUGCGUUUCCAUCCUCGCGCGGAAACUAAAGCAUAA